CGCGUGUCGGAGGGAUCCCCUUGAGGUCCGAGCAGGCUUCCUCCUCCUCCUCCUCCUGGGCCUCGCCGCCCGCUGGGUGGUUGAGCCAGUCACGCGCAGCAGCCGCCGCGAGCAGAGGAACGAGCCCCGAUAGAGCCCAGGGCCGCGCAUCUCUUAAGUAGCAGUGCAAGGGAGAGAUGAGCAGUACUGGAGCCAGCCCAAUGUCAAGUGUUCCAUCAAACAGCGGAAGAGGGACUGGAAAAUCAACAAACUUUACUCCUGAAUUGCAAAAUAUGAUGUUUUCCUUAGGAGAUGCUCGUAGGCCUCUACAUGAGUCUGCAGUGUUGGUGGAAGACGUUGUCCAUACUCAGCUGAUUAAUUUGCUGCAUCAAGCCUCUGAGAUUUCCCAAAUGAGAGGAGCAAGAGUUAUCUCUGCAGAAGAUCUAAUUUUUCUGAUGCGCAAAGAUAAGAAAAAGCUUAGAAGGCUACUUAAGUAUAUGUUUUUCCGAGACUACAAAUCUAAAGUUGUCAAAGGCAUUGAAGAAGAUGAUCUUCUUGAAGACAAACUCAGCAGCACCACUAACAAGCGUCAGAAAAUUGCUCAAGACUUUCUUAUCUCAAUUGAUCAGACUGGGGAACUCUUGGCCUUGUUUGAAGAUGAUGAGAUUGAUGAUGUAAAACAAGAGAGAAUGGAGAGGGCAGAGAGACAAGCACGAAUGAUGGACUCAGCGCAAUAUGCAGAAUUCUGUGAGAGUCGUCAGUUGAGCUUUUCCAAGAAAGCUUCCAAGUUCCGAGACUGGUUGGACUGUAGCAGCAUGGAAAUAAAGCCAAAUGCAGUUGCCAUGGAAAUUUUGGCUUAUUUGGCAUAUGAAACUGUGGCACAGCUCGUGGACCUGGCCCUUUUGGUUAAGCAGGACAUGGCUCCCAAAGCCGGGGACCCUUUCAGUCAUGCAAUAUCUGCUACUUUCAUUCAGUAUCAUAGUUCUACCGAGAUGCAUGUUUUAGGGCAGACAGCAAGUAUGAAGACCAGCCCAGAUUCUCCAGAAAACACACCGCCACCAACACCUACCCCUCCAUCAACUGGCUCACAGCACCUUGGGAAAAUGCAGUCUGGAACCAUUGGGAAUGGCAGCAUUGGACAAGAUUCCAAAGUCAAACAGCGAAAGAGGAAAAAAAGCACUGCAGCUUGUGGCGCAGAGGCUCAGAGCGAUGCCAUCCAGCCUGCCCACAUCAGAGAGGCCAUUCGACGCUAUGCCCACAAGAUUGGGCCCCUUUCCCCAUACACAAGUGCCUACCGCAGAAAUGGGAUGACUUUUCUUGCUUGCUAAUAUGGUUGUGGCUACAGCAACAGGAAAGACAGUGUUAUAUUAAGGAUUUUCUUUGUACUUCAUGAAGAUUAUAGCAGUACACAGUGCAAACUGUGGUAAGAUCUGAACAGAAAAAGGAAUGGCUUUGGCUAUCAUUUUAGACUGGAAACUCAUUGAAUGUUUUGCUUAAACCUUCCAUUGACAAAUGCUAUUGUAGUAGAAUUAAUGACAAGGGCCAACGACUUAAAGAUUCCAAACAGAGAACAUUUACAAUCAACGGACAGAAUUAUUGUAUGGACUUCCCUCCUGACUCUGAAUUUUUUUUAAAAUGAAAAUGUGACUCUUCAUCUGGUGAAUUAUUGCAAUUAAUAUAGUCAAUAUUAUAGUGGCAUAGUUGUACUUAAAAACAUUUUAUGUCAUUUUCUGGAACUAAUCUGCAUGUUGAAAAACUAAAAAUAAUGUGCACAAUAAAAAAACAUUUCUGAUGUUCUGUCUGCGCUUGCAGAAAUGUAUGAUUAAACUUUCUUUUUAUCAUGAUUUCUUAUUUUUCUUGGCGUCCAUAAUGAUGGAAAAUUAUAUGCUUGCUGUAAACAUCCAGACUUUUUAAAAGGACACCAGCAUUUAUUGUAUUUGGUUUCGAUCUGCAGGCAUAUAGGCAAAAGAAAACAUUUUGGGCCAAGAAUACUGGAAUAAAAAUUCCUUCUCUAGCUGUAUCUUUCCCAGAUUUUACAUUUGUUUAAAAAAAUAUG